CUUCCCCCCCCCCCGCCCACCACUAAUCAAAAGAAGAAAAAGAUAAACCUGUCUAUCUGCUUCUUUUCCGGCAUACUACCCAUUCAAACAAGAAUAAACUCAAGAAUGAAUAAAUUCAUCAGAAGAAAACCUGUACACCUCACACCCCUCCCCUGUCCCUAUCCCACACCAAACCUAUUUGCACAGUCAAGCUAA